AUGACUUCUCUGUUCGGCGGUAAAUCCAGCACGCCGACGCGUGACCCUGCGGAAACGGCCGUCCGUCUCGAGCAGCUGAAGAGCUCCAUUCAAAAUCAGCUCGCAUUACAGAACGUGCAGGAAAUCAUGAACAAACUCACCGAAAAGUGCUUCACGAAGUGCAUCACGAAGCCCGGCGGCGCGCUCUCCGGCUCAGACGAGAAAUGCCUCUCGAACUGCAUGCAGCAAUAUCUCAGUGCAUACGACAUUGUCAAUGCAGCCUAUGUUUCGCGUCUCCGGAAGGAGCGGUUGGACCAGCAGGCAUCGUUGGAACAGCAAUCAUCUCUAUAG